UUCUUCUCCUUUAACCAAAAGGCAUUCCACCAUUUCAGUCUAUUACUACAACUUUGGCUGGAGCGACUACGGGGUGGCCAGCCUCGCCACGGUGCUGGACAUGGUGAAGGUCAUGGCCUUCGCGCUGCAGGAGGGAAAGAUAGCGGUGCACUGCCACGCCGGUCUGGGCAGAACAGGUAGAUUUGUGAGCGACGCCGAUGCGGCCCUGUCUUUCGUCCAGUGAAAUGUGGCCUCGCAACGUCUGGUUUCCCCUUUCCGCAGGUGUGCUGUUGGCGUGUUUCUUGGCCUUUGCGACCAGGCUGAAUGCCAACCAGGCCAUUGUGUACGUCCGCGCGAAACGCCCCAAUUCCAUCCAGACCCGAGGUCAGCUGCGCUGUGUCCGGGACUUCGUCAAGUUCCUCGCCCCCUUGAGGAGCGUGUUCUGCCGGGCCGAGCCUCGAUUCAACCCUGUCACCCUGUCCCAGUACCUGAACCGCCAGAGGCACAUGCUGCACGGCAACGAGAGGAAAGAGCUCAGGCACCUGCCGAAGAUCGUCCAGCUGGUGUGCCGGCUGCUGUUGGACAUCGCAGAGAACCGGGAGAUGAUCGAGGAAGACAUUCUGGAGGCGCCUGACAUUCAGGACCUUGAGAUGACCCUGAGCGUCUUUGAGAAGAUGGGCCCGGAGAUAUUCGCCAAGGAGCCCCGCUUGCCGGGCGCGCCCACGCUACCCAGGCAUUUCCACGAGCCGCCCAUCUUCUACCACCGCAAGAGUCUGAGCUACAGCGAGUCGGACUUGAGGCGCCUUGGCUCGGAGCUCAACCUUCUCUCGCAACCCCUGGGCCCCGUGUCGCAGAGCAAUCUGGAAAUCUCCGUACCCUUGCCCGAGGCCGCCCACCCUGCCGCCAGACACCGAGGCUGGAGCAGCAACACGUCCGAGGUGUCCCACGGCUCAACCGGGUCGCUCUGGCAGAUCAAGAACCACGAAAGCCAAAGAGACGGCUCCCUUCUGGUGAAGAAGGUGCAGCGGAAAAACACCCGACGGAGCGAGUCCGUGGGUACGAUGUUGUCCACGUGGAUGACGGAGCAGAAAGAGGGGUCAGAGGUAAAUGGGAGGAUGGCGCGAGAUGGAGAGGAGGAGCAUUCAGAGGUGCCCUUCAUCACCCUGCAGACGGAGCUGUCUUUGGACGCCCGGAGGCUCCUGGUAGCACAGUCCCUGGCGGUGGACCUUUUUCUUGAUGGGAAAGAAGAGCACAAGAGCAAAGUCUCCGCCUGGCAGGUAACCGACCCAUACCAGCAAUGGGGUAGAAACGUGCCCAGAACUAUUUGAAUACUUAAGUUUGUCAAUCACUAAGACCGAAAUAAUAUGGCACUCAACCCACAAGAUUGGCCACUGCUAGAAAUAGUCAUUCCAGCUACGCCUUAAGGCAAGUUAAACCUACUAAGAGAAGGUGUUUGAAUAAGUCACAUGCAGACGAACUGAAUGUGUGCAGGCAGAACUGAACCAAGGCGGUGGCUGGGAGCGGCUGUGCACCGAGCGGGAUCCCUUCAUCCUCACCGGGCUCAUGUGGGCGUGGCUGGAGCAGCUCAGGGAGCCGGUUAUCUCUGUCCAGGAGGCUAAAGCC